GCGCCAGGCGGGCGGCGGCGCGGAGGGGCGGGCUCGCCUGGCGUGGGGCUCGGACUUGGGGUCAGGAGCGGCGGGAACCGCCGGGCACUGGGCUGGGCCACCCAGGGUGGUCGCGUGGCGGGUAGUCAGGUCUAGGGGUGGUCGGGUGUCGGCCCCGGCUCCGGCCGUCGCUGGCGGGAGUCGGCGGCCCUCGGCUGGGCCUGGGUCCCGGGCGCCCGACCCCGUCAGCUCCCGCCGCGGCCGCCAUGUGGUGCCUGCACUGCAACUCGGAGCGGACCCAGUCCCUGCUGGAGCUGGAGCUUGACAGCGGCGUCGAGGGUGAGGCCUCCAGCAGCGAGACCGGCACGUCGCUGGACAGCCCGUCGGCCUACCACCAGGGCCCCUUAGCGCCCGGCUCCAGCCUGAGCCCAGAUCACUACGAGCACACGUCGGUGGGAGCUUAUGGGCUGUACUCGGGGCCGCCGGGGCAGCAGCAGCGCACGCGGAGGCCCAAGCUGCAGCACUCAACCUCCAUCCUGCGCAAGCAGGCCGAGGAGGAGGCCAUCAAACGCUCACGGUCACUCUCCGAGAGCUAUGAGCUCUCCUCAGACCUGCAGGACAAGCAGGUGGAGAUGCUAGAACGGAAGUAUGGGGGACGCCUUGUGACCCGCCAUGCGGCCCGCACCAUCCAGACGGCCUUCCGCCAGUACCAGAUGAACAAGAACUUCGAGCGCCUGCGCAGCUCCAUGUCGGAGAACCGCAUGUCGCGCCGGAUCGUGCUGUCCAACAUGAGGAUGCAGUUCUCCUUUGAGGGGCCCGAGAAGGUGCACAGCUCCUACUUCGAGGGCAAGCAGGUCUCGGUGACAGAUGAUGGCUCUCAAUUGGGGACCCUGGUGCCAUCUGAGUGUGGUGAUCCUGGCGAGCCGCCCACCCUCAAGUCUCCAGCCCCAUCCAGCGACUUUGCGGAUGCCAUCACGGAGCUGGAGGACGCCUUCUCCCGGCAGGUGAAAUCACUGGCUGAGUCCAUCGACGACGCCCUCAACUGCCGCAGCCUGCAUGCCGAGGAGGCACCGGCCCCCGACACGGGGCGGGCCCGGGACACUGAGCCCAAGGCUGCCCUGCAUGGCGUGGAUCACCACAAGCUGGAUGAGAUGACAGCCUCGUACAGCGAUGUCACCCUGUACAUCGACGAGGAGGAGCUGUCGCCGCCUCUGCCCCUCUCCCAGGCAGGGCGCCAGCUAUCCAGUGCCGAGUCGGACCUGCAGCUACGGGCUGGGGGUGCCGCCCAGGACUACUGGGCCCUGGCCCACAAGGGCGACAAGGGGGACACAGACACGAGCUGCCGGAGCACGCCGUCGCUCGAGCAGCAGGAGCAGCGGCUGCGGGUGGAACACCUCCCGCUGCUCACUAUCGAGCCGCCCAGCGACAGCUCUGUGGACCUCAGUGACCGCUCGGACCGUGGCUCGCUCAAGAGGCAGAGUGCCUACGAGCGCAGUCUCGGGCAGCAGGGCAGCCCCAAGCACGGCUCCCACAGUGGGGCCCCCAAGGGCAUCCCCCGGGAGGAGCCGGAAUUGCGGCCCCGGCCCCCCAGGCCCCUUGACAGCCACCUGGCCAUCAAUGGCUCAGCCAACAGGCAGAGCAAGUCCGAGUCGGACUACUCAGAUGGGGACAAUGACAGCAUCAACAGCACGUCCAACUCCAACGACACCAUCAACUGCAGCUCGGAGUCGUCGUCCCGGGACAGCCUGCGGGAGCAGACGCUCAGCAAGCAGACCUACCACAAGGAGACCCGCAACAGCUGGGACUCUCCUGCCUUCAGCAACGACGUCAUUCGCAAGAGGCACUAUCGCAUCGGCCUCAACCUCUUCAACAAGAAGCCUGAGAAGGGCGUCCAGUACCUCAUUGAGCGUGGCUUCGUACCCGACACGCCUGUGGGGGUGGCCCACUUCCUGCUGCAGCGCAAGGGCCUCAGCCGGCAGAUGAUCGGCGAGUUCCUGGGCAACCGGCAGAAGCAGUUCAACCGUGACGUGCUGGACUGCGUGGUGGACGAGAUGGACUUCUCUGCUAUGGAGCUGGAUGAAGCCCUCAGGAAGUUCCAGGCGCACAUCCGGGUCCAGGGGGAGGCUCAGAAGGUGGAGCGGCUCAUCGAGGCGUUCAGUCAGCGGUACUGCAUCUGCAACCCUGGGGUGGUGCGGCAGUUCCGGAACCCAGACACCAUCUUCAUCCUGGCCUUCGCCAUCAUCCUGCUCAACACGGACAUGUACAGCCCUAACGUCAAGCCAGAGCGCAAGAUGAAGCUGGAGGACUUCGUCAAGAACCUCCGAGGUGUGGACGACGGCGAGGACAUUCCCCGGGAGAUGCUGAUUGGGAUCUAUGAGCGGAUCCGAAAGCGGGAGCUGAAGACCAAUGAGGACCACGUGUCCCAGGUGCAGAAGGUGGAAAAGCUCAUUGUGGGGAAGAAGCCGAUUGGAUCCCUGCAUCACGGGCUUGGCUGCGUGCUCUCUCUGCCCCACCGGCGGCUGGUCUGCUACUGCCGGCUCUUCGAGGUUCCAGACCCAAAUAAGCCCCAGAAACUCGGACUGCACCAGCGAGAAAUCUUCCUGUUUAACGACCUCCUGGUGGUCACCAAGAUCUUCCAGAAGAAGAAGAACUCGGUGACGUACAGCUUCCGGCAGUCCUUCUCCCUGUAUGGCAUGCAGGUCCUGCUCUUCGAGAACCAGUACUACCCCAAUGGCAUCCGGCUCACGUCCGCUGUCCCUGGAGCAGACAUCAAAGUGUUAAUAAACUUUAACGCUCCCAAUCCUCAAGACAGGAAGAAAUUCACGGAUGACCUGCGGGAGUCCAUCGCAGAGGUGCAGGAGAUGGAGAAGCACAGGAUAGAGUCGGAGCUCGAGAAGCAGAAGGGCGUCGUGCGGCCCAGCAUGUCCCAGUGCUCCAGCCUCAAAAAGGAGUCAGGCAACGGGACGCUGAGCCGGGCCUGCCUGGACGACAGCUACGCCAGUGGCGAGGGCCUCAAGCGCAGCGCCCUCAGCAGCUCCCUGCGGGACCUCUCAGAAGCGGGGAAGCGAGGGCGUCGCAGCAGUGCAGGAUCGCUAGAGAGCAAUGUGGAAUUUCAGCCUUUCGAGCCACUGCAGCCCCCAAUGCUGUGCUCCUAAGCCAUGGGACCCGAGGACCGCCUCACGGCACCUGCCCAGGCAGAGAGCCCUCUCAGAAAGGGCGAAGCUAGCACAGGACUCUGAAGGCCGCGAGCUCCGUGCUCCGGGGACGGCGUGUCGAGGUGUGGCCGGACAGCAGGAUGACAGAGGGGAACCCACCCUGGCCGAACAGUCCAGGGUUCUGCCCAUUUCCCUCCUCACUCACCCCUUUGUCGUAUCAUUGAGGUCACCAUACCAGCAAAUCUGCAAACCAAGCACUUUGUUAAUCUCCACAGAGAGCAAAUACAGCAAUUUAGAGUUUAGCCUUUUGUAAAAAGGAGUGUGACUUUAACCUGCCCGCUUCAUCUCCCAUCAUUGUAGUAUUUAUUUCUCUCUUGGGCAUCUGCUCAGAAAGAGAAGUAAAAAGCACGGAUGUGUCUGAUCUUUCCAGGCCGGGCUGGUGGGAGGCUCCCCGGUUCCACUGACUCCUAAAUUCUUUGGUUUUCCUUCAGAGUCAGGCUCCCCGAGGCAUUCUCUGUCUUGCAGCGUGAAGGAUGUUGUUCUGACAAGGAACAGUCGAAUUGUGCUGCAUGUCACCCAGCAUCAAUGUGAGGCCACACUCUGUGUAUUGUAUAUUUGCAAAAUACUUCAGUGUUACUGUUGACAAAUAGUUGAAGUAAAAUGGUAACAUACUAAAUAUGUCAGCUUUUCUUCACCCUCUGUACCCAUGGUAGAGUCUAACUGUAAACUCUAGGUUGUUCCAGAAAAGAUGCAGGCUGCUUGGUACAAGAUUACCCUUUCUGAAGGAGCAGUCACUAACAAAAAACAGAAAGAACCCACAAUAAAUCUGUGGGCGGGGGCCCACUCUUCAUUGCCAUCCUGCGUGCUCCACACGCCAUUCAGAACUCUUACCUCCAAAACUGUCACCGGUGUGUCCUGAUGCUUUGUCAGGUUGCCACAGGGCCAGAUGUAGUGAAAGAGAGCUUCUUGAACGAAUUCAGUUCUCCUCACGUUCCAACUUUAUACCAUGUGUCGGGUUCAGGUCAAUGAGUUUUCCUCAUUGUGUGUAUUGUGUUUACAAACCUGUCAUGGGAAGUGUUUCCAGUACGCUGUCCUGUUGAGGAGACUGGAGCCACGCUGCACAAAUCUUGUUUGGGAAGCAGAAGCUUCUGAUAGAUGGUGCCCCCCAUGUUGUUUCCAUGGGAUUGUUCUCCAGAUCCCAGCCUGUCACUGAGUCACAGCUGUGGGGACCUAUGGCUCACCCGCUGGGCUGGGAGCAGGAUGUGUGUGUCAUCCUUUCUUACUGUCAGGACACACUUGGGACAUUUUUCUCAAGUUGCACAGAUUAUUUCAAUUAUACAGUAAUUUCUGACAGGAGCAGGAGACCGUAGAGGAAGCAGCUGGUAGCAUCACAAAAAUCUUUUCUGGGACAAAUCAUGUAUUUGUAUUUUAUUUUUCAGUUUAUGAAUGAAUUGUACAACAAUGUAAAAAUAAAGUUCAUCCUAAUAUGUGCACAUCUUGCUUAAAAAUGUCUUCCGUCAUCCAGUGUAGAGCGACUUUUCCAUCACACGCUGCAUGCAGCAGAAGCCUCUUGUUUUUCUUUAAAAUGAGCUGAAAAGGCAGUCAGCAGAUCUUUAAACACGACCCUAGGUGUUGAC